AUGUGGACAUCUUUGCAGGUGGACUUCUGGCGGGAUGCAGACAAGGUGAACAUGAAUGCCGAUGUGAUGAUUGCUCCGGAAGGCAAAAAGAAAUUGCUCAAGUACUUUGCCGACAAUGGCCUGCAGUAUUCAGUGCUAAUUGCCGAUGUUGAACAACUAGUGGAAAAUGAACGCCAGCAGCAGAAGAAAGCCGACGAAAAGAUGCUCGACGCUCGGUGGCCUGAGUGGAACCAAGGGGACCAAUUAAUUGCUGGCUUUUGGAUGAAAUACCAACGCUACGACCAGCACAUGGCUUUUGUGAAUGAACUGGCGCAGAAGAACCCAUCUUUUGUGCAGACAGUCACCUUUGGGCAGUCUUAUCAAGGGCGAAGUCUGAAAGCAGUUCGCAUUGGCGUCAACUCCAGCACCCAAAAGCAGGUCAUUUGGAUUCAAGGUGGCAUCCACGCCAGAGAGUGGAUCAGCCCGGCGGCAGUGACCUACUUUGCUCAGCAGCUAGUCAACAAGUACAACUCGGGUGACCAGGUGACCAGGGAUCUGCUUUCCUACUACGACUUUUACAUUGUCCCAGUCCUCAAUGUUGACGGCUACGAGUACACGCACACCAAUUCUCGACUUUGGCGAAAGACUCGACAGCCAAGUCGAUCCUGGAUUGGCUGCAUCGGCGCCGACCCUAAUCGAAACUACGGCUACAGAUGGGGCGGACAAGGGGCGAGCAGUCAGCCCUGCGCUGAAACCUUCCGAGGUGAAAGAGCCUUUUCAGAGCCGGAAACAAAGGCAGAAGCCGACUACCUUCUCAACAACUUUCGAGGUCGACUGA